AUGGACAUGGAAUUAUCUUCAGAUUCUCUAGGUGAUGAUGUUCUGCAUGAAGAUGAUGUUUCUCUGUUCAAUUCAACAUCACCGAUACCAGAAUCGAGCGAAUCAUUAACAUCUCUAUCAGCAGUUGAACCGACAAUUGAUUCAUGUGAUCCAACAAUGGACACCACAAGAUCAGAACUCGUUGAAUCAUCCGACUCAUCGGAUUUACUGAGUAUCACCAAUCAACGACAUGAGGAGAAAUCAUCACCAAUACUACCAUCAUCAUCAUCAUCAUCAUCGUCUUCUUGUUCAAUUGUUGUGACAACAAGUAUAGAGGAGGAAGAAGUUGUUGUUGGUGGUGAAGAGAAUCGAGAACAACAACAAGGAGAAGAAGGAGAAAAUCGUGAAGGAGAAAUUAUUUUGCAAGAGGAAUUAGUUGGAGAAGGCGGAUUAGAGGAUAUUAUUGGUGAAGAAGAAGUUAUCACAACAGAAACGGUAAACAACUUCAGAAUCACAUCCACAUUAACCGGAGGUGUUAUUACCAAUACAUCAAGUUUACCUCUUUCGACAACUGUACUCGUUUUACCGGUCAACUCUGUUGUUCAGCGAAAUCAUCAUCAUCAUCAUCAACACAACCUUUCUCAUCAACAACAUUUAGGUGAUUCUAUUGUUAUUGUUGAUCCUAUUGAUUGUUCUGUUGAUUCUGUUUUAGAGCCACCGGAAUUGUUACCUGCCCAUGAGAUUGUCUCUGAAAUAGCAGCGGUUGCCGCUGCUGCUGGUGGCUCAUUGUCAUCAACUAGUGAAUUAGUUGAAGUAAAAUCUUCAUCAACCUUAUCCUUAACUAGUACUACAACUACAACAGCCUUAAGUAAUCAGGUUACAAGUGAAAGUGUUGGUUUAAUUGUUGGUGAAACUGAUGAGACAAGGAAAUUGGUCAAUGUUGAUGAAAAUAAUGUUCUCGUUGACCCAAUCGUUAGCGUGACCAGUGUUGGUCAAACUGAUUCUCAUUUAAAUCUUCUAACUGAUACUGUUACCUCUUCACCUAAUUCACCUUCGACUGAUUUAUUAACGGGUCUUGAUUUAGUUGAAGAAGAGCAAGUUAAUGAAGAAAUUGUUGGCCAUAUAAGUGAAGAAGGUGAUAUUUGUGACUCUUCUGUGGUUGUCAGUGUUGUUCCUACUUCGGUUUUAGAUCAAGUUGAAUUAAUUGUAGAACGUGAAGAUUUAGAGGAGGAGGAAGAAGAAGAAGAAGAGGAAGAAGAAGAGGAAGAGGAAGACGAAGACGAAGAGGACGAAAGUGGUGUUACCGUUGAACUUGAUUCCACAGAGAUCGAUUCAGUUGUGAUUGAUUGUUCUCGAUCAACGGAACUAAAUUCAAUUGCUACAACAUCUUCACUUUCUAAACCUUCAAUUUCAGGUUCAGUGUCUUUGAAGCGUCGAGGUAAAAGUAAUAAUAACAUUAAGACAGAAAAUACAAGUACACGAGGAAAGAAAAGCCGAUUAACGGUAACAUCGACUGCAAGGAAUAGUGGAACUACAACUACUCGUGCGACUAAACAUCGACGUUUAUCAUCACCGCCCUCGUCAUCAACUUCAUCAUCGCCAAUUGUUGACGAACAAGCAAAUAGUAAUACAAGUGAAACCACCGGUGAUAAUCCGAGGAUGAUUGAUGCAACCGAUUUUCGUAAUGUCCUCAACACUGAGCCCACCUAUCAGACUCUGAAUGGGCGGAUGACACCGCCAGGAUUUCCCACCUCAUCCUCAAGCUAUGCCACUUUAACACCCUUGCAACCUUUACCACCCAUUUCCACCAUGUCUGAUAAGUUCAGUCACUAUGGUCAUCAUCAUGGAAAUGGUGGUUUCUCACUGAUGCAAAAUGUUACCAGUUCAGGCCUUGGGAUGGGUUCAAUGGGUUCCAAUUCAGUUUAUUCAUCUCAAUAUGAUAAGAUGGUCGCUGUUGCCGCUGCAGGAAUGACAAUGUCCCCGUUGACACAUUCACAACAAUCAUCACCAUCAGGAAGUCCAAUGGGUGUAAACAAUAAUGCAGCUUCUCAGCAGCAACAUCACCACCAACAUCAACAUCAACAUCAACACCAUCAACAGCACCUCCAGCAACAGCAACAGCAACACCACCAUCAUCAUCAACAACAACAACAACAACACCAUCAUCCUAAUCAUGUAGCCACUGCAGCAGCCAUGAUGACUUCAAGUACAUCAAACGGUUUGUCUGGAUCUUCACCUCCUGGAGGUUCAACAGCAGGAUCAUCAUCAACAUCCCAUCAUCCUCAUCAUUCUAGUCAUCAAACACUUCAUUUAGCAUCUUCUCCAUCCUCUUACCAUUCCAAUGGACUCGCAUCACCCACCGAGAAAAGCCUCUCACCCACCAAUGGUUAUGAUUAUUCCCACUCUACCCGAGGUUUAGGAUCACCUUCAAGUCCUUCCUCUGUAAAUUUACACUCACCCAACUCACUGUUACCCUCUUUAAACGGACUUCCCUCCAGUCCACCACCUUCAUCAACAAGUCACCAUCAUUCAGCUCAAAUGACACCACCAUCACCAAGCCAUCAUCACCACCACCAGCAACAUCAUCACCAACAACAACAACAACAACACCAUCAGGCUGCUGUUGCAGCAGCCGCAGCCGCAGCUCUUUCCAGUGCCCAGCAUCUCACUCUAGCCGGUAUUCCGGUUACAUCAUCUCCAAUUAAUCAUCAUCAUCAUCACCACCAUCAUCAAUUAACAUCAACAAUUGUCUCAACUCCAUUGGCUAUUGUUGCAACAGCAAAUUCCCUCCGAUCGGCAUCAGUAACUCCCAUCCCAGCGGCAAUUGUACCAACUGGUCAUCCAGUUACAAUUGUCCAGGCUUCAUCAUCAUCCCAAGAAUCGGUUGCUAAUAGUGAUCUUGGAUCGGCUUGUGUCCCUGAACCCGUCGCUCUUUUAUCAACAGUAAAUGCAAUUCAAUCGGCUGAAGAGAAAACUGUUAUCCAACAUCAUCCAGGUAAUUCUAUUUCCGGUUCUGUACAGAUUAAUGUUUCACCGGUUUUAAUAACAUCCGAAGCAUCAGUAACUCCCAUCCCAGCGGCAAUUGUACCAACUGGUCAUCCAGUUACAAUUGUCCAGGCUUCAUCAUCAUCCCAAGAAUCGGUUGCUAAUAGUGAUCUUGGAUCGGCUUGUGUCCCUGAACCCGUCGCUCUUUUAUCAACAGUAAAUGCAAUUCAAUCGGCUGAAGAGAAAACUGUUAUCCAACAUCAUCCAGGUAAUUCUAUUUCCGGUUCUGUACAGAUUAAUGUUUCACCGGUUUUAAUAACAUCCGGAAGUAAACGUUCAUCAAGUUUAACAAUAAGCUCAAAGAUUGACAAUAACCAUGGAACUGUAAUAACACCUUCAUCAGGAGGAGGUUCAGUCUCAACCACCUCAUCAACACCAUCCUCUUCAUCCUCAACCUCAUCCUCAAACAACAACAACAAUCAUACGAAUGCCAGUUCUACAAAUAAUAGUAAUAACAACACCAAUAAUAACAGUAAUAACAAUUCAAAUAGUAAUAAUGAUAAUUCAACUGCAAAUAAUUCAUCUUCAAAUAAUCUUCUCAAUCUUCAACUUCAACAACCCGGUUCAGUGGCCAGUUCAUCGGAUGAGAUUGAAGAGAUUAAUACAAAAGAACUUGCUCAAAGGAUAAGUGCAGAGCUUAAAAGGUAUUCAAUACCUCAGGCCAUUUUCGCCCAACGGGUACUUUGCCGAUCCCAGGGAACACUGUCUGAUCUAUUGAGGAAUCCUAAACCUUGGAGUAAACUUAAAUCAGGAAGAGAAACUUUUCGUCGAAUGUACAAAUGGCUGGAAGAACCAGAAUUUAGUCGUAUGUCAUCACUUCGACUUGCAGGUAAGGAACUGAUUACAUCUAUUAACGUUCCCGAUAUGAGUUGGGACCAAUCAUGUAAACGUAAAGAUGAACCGACCAGUAACAUGACCUCAACCAACACCAACAAUAACAAUAAUAACACCAAUAAUAAUAAUAAUAAUAAUAACAAUAACACCAGUACCAAUAGUAACUCGGUGACAAGUAAUAAACAAGCAUCGGCACCUAAGAAGCCACGACUUGUGUUCACUGAUCUUCAACGACGAACCCUUCAGGCCAUUUUUAAGGAAACAAAGCGACCUUCAAAGGAGAUGCAAAUAACAAUUUCACAACAAUUAGGUCUUGAUUUAUCGACGGUGGGCAAUUUUUUCAUGAAUGCCCGUCGUAGGUCACAAGAUAAAUGGAUGGACGAUGCAUCGGACAUUUCAAAGGCCUCGUCACCAAUCAAUUCAGCCUCCAACUCUCCUGCCUCAUCAGCCUCCCAUCAUAUCGGUGGACCAAGUGGUACAAGCUCAUCGUCCAGAGGUGGUGGUGGAGGUGGCGGUGGGUCAAAUGGAGCAAAUUCAACUGGAAACUCUGUUGUAAUUAAAGGUCAACUGAUCGGUCAACCAACAUCAGUUGUUACUUUAGGAGUUGUCACAUCAACAACAUCUUCAUGCACAUAAUAAACCAGCAAAUCUUUAAGUCAACUUAAAUUUACCUGCGCAAUUAACUUAAUCAUCUCAUCAUCUUCAUUUUUACAAUCAUCUUACUACAAUUUUCUCAGCUGAUUAACAACAACAACAAACAAAAC